AUGGAUUACACCCUCACAGACGAAUUACGACGUCUAAGAAGUGAUGUUGAAAGACUCUCCCUUGAGGCUCAGCGGAAGGAACGCGAAGUGUCUCUGUUGACUGGUGUCAUAUGCCGGCUGGAAACAGAAUUAACACGGGACUCCAACACAACGCCUGCACAAGCAACUAUCGGCGGCGCCAACUUGCGCGACUUACUGCAACUCUCAGCGCCGGAUCUAUUGGCGCUGGACAACGACAUUCGGUUGAUGAGGAGGAAGGUGUUGGACAGAGCCCCUACAGACGAUGCCAACGGCGUCCAGGAUUUCCUAACAGAGGCUAUGAGGGAGGCUAUGAGGAGGAGGGGAGUUAGGUAUGAGGAUGGUGCGGGUUGUGAUUGGAGUAAUCCGUGGUAUAAUGUUUAUCAGAAGCAGGAAUUGGAGGAUGAUGCUAGCAGCAGCAGCUUCAUCCGCCUCCGAGCAACAUAUCCAAACCGCAUUAGCACCCGUUCGCACUCAUCCUUCUCUAACGCAAUGGCUUACACAACCUACAACGCAAACACUCACUUCUCCGUCUUUCCUUCCUCCCCUGCCUCGACCAACGUAUUUGCCAUCUUCGGCCACGCACAGUCACCCCGUGACAACCACAUCAUGUGCGAAGACCUUCGUAAGGUCUUCAGCUCCAACAACGGGCGCACCACCAGCCAGAAGAAGCAGAGCUCCGGCUCACUCAAGGGGUUGAGGAAAAUUUUGUGUGCCAUCUAAACGGCCCCGCCAGACGGCAUUUUCCUGUCGUCGCUCCACGAGCACCCGCACUCUCCUACGGGACUCCCGAGAAGACUCUUAUGCCUUUCAUAUGCGUCUAUCGCACUCAUUUUGCGCGUCGGGGUCGCACCACUUCCACCUCUGAGCAUCUGCUCCCACGACCACUAUUGCCUAUCCAAUCUGUGUCGUGCACAUCAUACUCGCAACCGGGUCGAGUUUCAUCUCCCCUUGCUACCAAUCAUGUCUCAGAGACGGUCAAAAUCACGCUCCGAUACUUUCAGCGCUAUUACUGUAUCAAUGAUCAAAUGCAUGGCACCCCGGGGCAAUUUCGGACGCGUAGAGAAAGGACUCCUAAUAUUAUUGUUAUUAUUAUUAUUAUUGAACGGUUCAUUCAAGGGACUCACCAUAUCAUAUAAUACCCAUAAUUUGCGAAAUUCAGUGUUCAUCCUUCGAUUUCC